AUGCCGAGCAACACCCAGGACAAGGACAACCCCCCGCCCUCCUCUUACUUCACCUACCCCGUCACGUACGCCGUCAGCGGCCUUCUCCGCCGCCUCAACUCCGAGCCUGCGAAACCUACCACACACUCGCCUAACGCGCGUGCAUAUUCAACGUCUGGGGGAGGAACCAAGGAAGAUAAGGAUAUGCACAGCGUGUUCCAGCCCCCCCACCGGACGGCAUCCCCAUUCCAACCACCGCCGCUUACGCCGCUCACCCUUCAAGGCUACAAGAGCUCCACGCGGGAAGCAGGCAAACUCCUAUCUCGCGGUCUCGCAGAAGAAAUCCGGCUCCUUGUGCCGCCGCGCCUGCAACUCGUGGACGACUGGCACGUCGUCUACAGUCUCGAACAAAACGGCGUCAGCCUCGCGACCCUCUACAAACAAGCAGAAGAAUACCGGGGGCGGAGAGGUGGGUUUGUCCUCGUAGUGAGGGAUGCGAGUGGAGGCGUGUUCGGCGCAUAUCUGAGUGAUGCGCCGCACCCACAGAGCCACUUCUUUGGGAACGGGGAGUGCUUCUUGUGGAGGGCGCAUGUUCUUCCUUCUCUGCCGGAUCUAGCAAAUCUUCCGCCGCCGCCGAGCGCGGAUACAACGCAUGCGGUGCGCAUGACGACCGUAGCGAGUCCGACGAAGGCGAGCAGCGGGACGCUGAGUCCGCCGGCCAGUGGGCGUGGGAGUCGGAGUGGAACGAGUACCCCGGAACGUAUACGAUUCAAGGCGUUUCCGUAUAGUGGGGUGAACGAUUAUAUGAUUUUUUGCGAGCAGAGUUAUUUGAGCGUUGGGGGAGGUGAUGGUCACUACGGCCUUUGGCUCGACGAUAAUCUUGAGCAUGGCGUUUCGAGUACUUGCCCCACGUUUGGUAACGAGCCGCUCAGCGAUGAGGGGAAGAAGUUCGAGGUGUUGGGCGUGGAGCUUUGGUACAUUGGCGCGUGA